AUGUCUAGAGCUCAAAGUACUUGCUCGCAUGAGGCCUUGCAACUAGAACCCUCAGCAUACGCCAAAGAAGCUGGAUAUAAUUGGCCUUGUCCAGACCGGAGAUUAGCCGCAACGACAAAAUCAGGGCGGAACCCCCUGAUAGUGAAGGGCCGGAAAGCUGAAGAUGUAGAGAAGCUGAGCGAAAGUAUUGCCAACAAGCUGUCUGGCGCAUUUCCAGGCCCGUUGAUCCUACCAGGCGAUGAACUAGCCCUAGACCCUAAAGACCCGCCACAGUCGUUUCGAUCCUGGCUCAACGAGGGACUGCGCAAGAAUCGAAAGUUGAACAGGAGGCGUAAGACAUUGUAUGUUGCAGUUGCACCUGAGAUCACGUCGGCCGUAAGUUUCAUGAAAACAGGGCUGCAACCAGUCGUUAGCAUGGGUGGCAAGGUAGUCGCUACCAAACAGGUAGAUCCUCCUCUGCCAGAAGAUGUCAUCAGAUACACACGUGUCUUCUAUCAUGGGCUACCUGUUGAAGCCUUUCCAGGUACCUGUCUGCAGUUCGUUCCUUGGGAAGAGUCGAAAAAAUCACGCAAACCAGGCAGUGGCACUGGCUAUGUUGGCCUCAUUGCGGGCAAUGGCUGCACUCGCAUCCGCUACAGGCCAUCUCCUGAUGGUGUUUACAAGUAUCAACUAAAUCUCAACGAUCUCAUUGAUGCCGUUAUCGAGAUGCUACCUGGAGACGCGUAUUCCAUCCUUUUACUUGUCAAUCACGACAUGUAUGAGGAUGAGGAAGACGUAUUUUGCUGUGGUCGGGCUUACGGAGCUAAUCGUGUUGCCGUGGUUUCCACCGCCAGAUACCAUCCUGCCCUAGACAAUCACGCCAACAUUGAUUUUGCGCAUAUGUGGCCGAUAUCUCACUGUAAAUCCUACGUUGACCGAUUCUGCGCGGCAGAGGGUCUCCAACAAGACGAAGGGAUGAACAUCCAGACAAAAAGUACUCCCGGGCCGCUGAGCGCAGCUGUGGAAGCAGUAAGAGGGCUUGAGAACUCGGCUUUGGAAGAUCUACGAGGCUUAUGGUUUUCGAAAAUUGCGAGGACGGUGGUCCAUGAGCUUGGGCACUGUUUAGGUUUUGCUCACUGCGUAUAUUACGCUUGUGUGAUGCAGAGCUCGUCCUGUAUGGCAGAAGACGUCCGACAACCUCCCUAUUUAUGUCCGGUGUGCCUUAGCAAGGUAUCUCAUGCGAUAACUUGCGAACUGGAAGGGCGAGAUGAAGCUGGUAAAGACAAAUACGUCAAAGAGAGGUAUAAAUCCAUAGCGGACUUUUGUGAUUCGUGGAGGCAAGUUGGUCUAUUUGCUGGGUAUGGGGCCUGGCUCCGCGCAAGACUCGAACAGCUCGAAGCAGCAUGA